AUGCAGCAGGAUAACCCGUUGAGUCCCAAGAAGCUUUUCAAUAUUCAGCAAACGCAAUAUCAACUGAAUGAUGCGAUCAAUCAUAAUUCCUCAAUGAUGAACUCAACCGGGUUUCCUUUGAAUACCAAAAAACGGACACUCUAUUCGCCUUCGAGCGAUUUCUCAACGAUUAAACAGACAGAAAGACCGAAAUCUUCAAUAGGCAACACUGAGAGCCCGUUGAACAGAAGUAACCGUGAAUCACCUCUGAAGACCCUUAAAAACCCUUCACCCCCGUUUGCAACGAAAAAGGCAGCUCUGCGAAGAAGCGCUGGCGUUUUGAACUUAUCCAUCGAGACCAGCCCUCGAAAACAACUACAGAAAGAGCAUGAAAUCACCAAAUCCAUAAGUGAUUUGGACUUUGGGACUGAUGUCACUAGUCCUUCGGGAAAUGUUAAGGUUUCAGAAGGCGCCAUAGAUUCGCGACAGAAAGAACCUAGACUUUCUCUAAGUGAACGCAAACUCGAACAGCUUGAAAACUUCAGGAUUACAGUAGGGGGACACCAAUUCACGAACUCACCAUCUCCAUUUUUGAACCCAUCAGUGGUCAAAAGGGUGACCGCCUCUUCCCGUUUCAAAAAAAUAUUCAACAACAAUCACAUUAACGACGUAACUGACUCUCUCAUGUGUGACACGGCCAAUAAGCCUUCGAUGGAUAAGAUAAUCAGUCCUAUUAGUCUCGACGUUAAAACUGCUGCUCCUAAAGCUACAAAGGGUUCUCCCGCAGGUUCGCUGUCAAAACCUGACAAGAUUGAGUACGAGGCCAAAAAACCUGACGCGCUUCAGGUACACUUCACUCCAAGGAACACCGAUGGAUUUGUGACACCUGCGUCUUUUAAAUCCGUGAAACCGCUACAGACAGCAUUCAAUUCUACUGGAUUACAAAGCAAAAAGUCCAUCAACUUGGCCACUAAAUUAAAAACCAUGCCCGAAACGCCUUGUAAAAAGCCACCUCUGAGUACUCUCAAUGUUAAUGGGUCGAUUGAAAGGACAGCCGCUAAUAGCUCGUUUGGAUCAUCCAAUGCAUCAACUUUAUUAAAUUAUUCUGCCCACACAAUGGCGACUUCGUCAGCAUCCAAAUCGACAAGAAGCGGGAGUAGCCCAUCGGAAAUCAUAUCCCCAAACUCUUCAAAUAUGACGCCAAUCUCAAUCGACGGUAUUACUAGAGCUCCUCGAAGUAGUGGUGGUUCGAAUGGAAAUGGUCGCCCGUUGUCAAGAAGCCAAAAGGCAAUAAACACAUCGGAUCUGGAAAGCUGUAUUUUGAGAUUCACCAACGAGUUUGAUGAUUUAUAUGAUGAUGAAAGUCAUCACAGUACAAGCAUUUUUCGAGAUGCGAGUGAAACACCCGCCCAUUCACCAGCCACUCGAACUGGUAAGGCUUCUCCUAAUAGCUGCCGGAGGCCGUUGCAAGACUUGAAUAAUAGGAGUAAGGCUUUUAACGAGUGUGAAACUCAGCAAAAUCAUCAUAAGGGACAAGCCUUAUUCAACGGACACAAACUGGAUGAUGCAUCAUCCCAUGAAGAUUUUAUGGAUGAGGACCUUGAUUUAGAGAAUAUUGACGAAAUGAAUUUUGAUGGCUUUUCUGAGUUUGAGUCGCUGGAGAAUCUACCUCCAACUCCUACUCGUUUGGGUGCAACACACAAUCAACAUGGAAACAGAGGACCACACAAUUACCUCGAUGGAAGCACACCUACGAAGCACAACUCAAGCUGGAACUCUUCUCACUCUCAACGCCCGACACAUAACAUGUUCAGUUCAGGAAAAACGGGAGAACGAAUGAAUAUGGGUCCUCCAAAAAUAUCCUCGAUGACUGGCCAUAGCCCCAAAACUCCUGUUGAUCCAUCAUUUACACAAACAUUUCAGAAUACACGAAACUCGGACUCGCAUGGUGAUUUAACGUUGGAUAGUUCAUCCACAUUCUCACUUCCAAGCCAUAGAUCUCACAAUCAAUCACUACCUUUUGAGCAAUCGUUGGAGAAAAAAGACCAAAUCGACUACCAUCUGAUGUCAAAAUUUGGAAAUUGUAGUUUGAUAGGGUCCGGUGAAUUCUCUGUGGUGUACGAAAUACAGUACGAAGGUAUUAAAUAUGCAGUCAAGAGAACAAAGAAUCCUUUGGGAGGACCGAAAACUAGAUUGCGCAAAUUAGAAGAAGUUGAAAUACUGAAGACCCUUCAAGCGAAGUUCAGGUCUUUCUCAAUGGAAGCAGAUGACGAGAACCUUGCGGAUACAGGCGACAACCACGAAAAUAUUUUAAACCUCAUUAAUUAUUGGGAACACAAUUCAUUUCUAUACAUAAUGACCGAUUGCUGCGAAAAUGGAUCGCUGGACAAGUUUUUGGUAGAGAAUGGAAAAGUGUCAAAGCUAGAUGAGUGGAGAGUAUGGAAAAUUUUGAACGAAAUAUUGAUGGGAUUGAAGUUUAUCCAUAAAUGUGGUAUAUUGCACCUUGACCUGAAACCUGCGAAUAUAUUUAUCACUUUUGAGGGAUCUCUGAAGAUUGGGGAUUUUGGUGUUGCUUCCAAACUUCCUAUCCCCCCCUAUUUUGACCGUGAAGGAGACCGCGAGUAUAUUGCCCCAGAAGUGAUUUCAAAACACAUAUAUGGGAAACCAGCGGAUAUAUUCUCAUGUGGUCUUAUCAUGGUUGAAAUAGCGGCCAAUAUAGUCUUACCAGACAACGGGACAUCAUGGCAAAAGCUGAGAUCUGGCGACUUAACAGAUGCAGGGAAAUUGUCGUCUAGUGACUUGACCGACUUAGAAGGAUCAAUUUUUUCUAGCACAAACACUUACUCAUCAACUCUUACGAAUACAACAGUUACGACUGGCAUAUCAGCAUCCCCUACGGAAAUGACUAAAGCGAAUCACUUGAAAAAAAUGAGAGUUCCUAGUUGGGCACCAUCUUGGUUUUGUGAUGGUAGCUCAGCCCUUGAUAAAUUGGUGACGUGGAUGAUCGAUCCAAAUCCUUCAAAUAGACCAACUGCGGAAGAGAUUUUGAGAAGCUACGAAUGCACCGUGGUAGAAUCAAGGAGAAAAAGUGGUGCAACAAUAUAUGAAGGGGAUUUUGGGCCCCAGCCUGAUCAUGAAGAUCUACUUUUAGAGAAGGAAGUGACGACUUCAACUUCCACCUAUAAAAUUGCUAACUUAUGUGGCAAGUGGAACAGAAAGUCCCCGAUCGAUAUGAUCUUGGAAUGA